GUCCCGCGGGCGGGCCGGGGCGGGAGCGGGAUAACGCGGGGGGGCCGUCCCGGCUCCCCCGUCACUGGAGGGCCGAGCCCCGGUGCGGAGCGGGGUCGGUCAGUGCUGCCCGGGUCGAUCUUCCGGGCUGGCACCGCACACGGCCCGGCACAGGGGAGAGCCCGAACCUUCGGCUUGUCAGAGAGCGAAAAGCGUCGGGACCGGCAGGGCCGGAGGAGGUCUCCGGAGCUGGCCAGGAUGGCGCAGUGGAACCAGCUGCAGCAGCUCGACACGCGGUACCUGGAGCAGCUCCACCAGCUCUACAGUGACAGCUUCCCCAUGGAGCUCCGGCAGUUCCUGGCCCCGUGGAUUGAAAGCCAGGACUGGGCGUACGCUGCUAGCAAGGAGUCGCACGCCACGCUGGUGUUCCACAACCUGCUGGGGGAGAUCGACCAGCAGUACAGCCGCUUCCUGCAGGAGUCCAACGUCCUGUACCAGCACAACCUGCGCCGCAUCAAGCAGUUCCUGCAGAGCAGAUACUUGGAGAAGCCGAUGGAAAUAGCCCGCAUCGUGGCUCGCUGCCUCUGGGAAGAGUCCCGGCUCCUCCAGACAGCUGCCACCGCAGCCCAGCAAGGGGGACAGGCAACACAUCCAACAGCAGCUGUGGUGACAGAGAAGCAGCAGAUGCUGGAGCAGCACCUGCAGGAUGUCAGGAAGAGAGUGCAGGAUCUGGAGCAGAAGAUGAAAGUGGUGGAGAAUCUCCAGGAUGACUUUGAUUUUAACUACAAGACUUUGAAAAGCCAAGGAGACAUGCAGGACCUGAACGGGAACAACCAGUCAGUGACCCGGCAGAAGAUGCAGCAGCUGGAGCAAAUGCUGACAGCACUGGACCAGAUGCGCAGGGGCAUAGUGAGCGAGCUGGCCGGGCUGCUGUCAGCCAUGGAAUAUGUGCAGAAGAUGCUGGCAGAUGAGGAGCUGGCAGACUGGAAGAGACGGCAGCAGAUUGCCUGCAUUGGUGGCCCACCCAAUAUCUGCCUGGACCGGCUGGAGAACUGGAUAACCUCUCUCGCCGAAUCGCAGCUACAGACCCGGCAGCAGAUCAAGAAGUUGGAAGAACUGCAGCAAAAAGUCUCCUAUAAGGGUGACCCGAUCGUCCAGCACCGGCCCAUGCUGGAGGAGCGGAUCGUGGAGCUGUUCAGGAACCUGAUGAAAAGUGCUUUUGUCGUGGAGAGGCAGCCGUGCAUGCCCAUGCACCCCGACCGGCCCCUCGUCAUCAAGACAGGCGUGCAGUUCACCACCAAAGUCAGGUUGUUGGUCAAGUUUCCAGAGCUGAACUAUCAGCUGAAAAUCAAAGUCUGCAUUGACAAGGAUUCUGGAGAUGUUGCAGCACUUCGGGGGUCUCGGAAGUUUAACAUCCUGGGGACCAACACCAAGGUCAUGAACAUGGAGGAGUCGAACAACGGCAGCCUCUCGGCAGAGUUCAAACACCUGACCCUGCGGGAGCAGCGCUGUGGGAAUGGAGGCAGAGCCAACUGUGAUGCCUCGCUGAUAGUCACUGAGGAGCUGCACCUCAUCACUUUUGAGACAGAGGUGUAUCACCAGGGGCUGAAGAUCGACCUGGAGACCCACUCGCUGCCUGUGGUGGUCAUCUCCAACAUCUGCCAGAUGCCCAAUGCCUGGGCAUCCAUCCUGUGGUACAACAUGCUGACCAACAACCCCAAGAACGUGAACUUCUUCACUAAACCCCCCAUUGGGACCUGGGACCAGGUGGCAGAGGUGCUGAGCUGGCAGUUCUCCUCCACCACCAAGCGCGGUCUCAGCAUUGAGCAGCUGACCACUCUGGCAGAAAAACUGCUGGGACCAGGUGUGAAUUACUCUGGCUGUCAGAUCACCUGGGCCAAGUUCUGCAAGGAGAACAUGGCUGGCAAAGGCUUCUCUUUCUGGGUCUGGCUGGACAACAUCAUUGACUUGGUGAAGAAGUACAUCCUGGCACUGUGGAAUGAAGGGUACAUCAUGGGGUUCAUCAGCAAGGAGCGGGAGCGAGCCAUCCUGAGCACCAAGCCCCCAGGGACCUUCCUGCUGCGCUUCAGUGAGAGCAGCAAGGAAGGUGGCAUCACCUUCACGUGGGUGGAGAAGGACAUCAGUGGGAAGACACAGAUCCAGUCGGUGGAGCCUUACACCAAGCAGCAGCUGAACAACAUGUCAUUUGCGGAGAUCAUCAUGGGCUACAAAAUCAUGGAUGCCACCAACAUCCUGGUGUCCCCGCUGGUGUACCUGUACCCAGACAUCCCCAAGGAGGAGGCGUUUGGGAAGUACUGCCGCUCCGAGAGCCAGGAGCACUCGGAAGCCACAGACUCAGGUAGUGCUGCUCCAUACCUGAAGACCAAGUUCAUCUGUGUCACCCCCACCUCCUUCAGCAACACCAUCGACCUGCCCAUGUCCCCGCGCACCCUGGACUCGCUCAUGCAGUUCGGCAACAGCAGCGAGGGCGCAGAGAACAGCGCGGGCGGGCAGUUCGAGUCGCUGACCUUCGACAUGGAGCUGACCCCAGAGUGCGCGUCCUCGCCCAUGUGAGGGGCUGUGCCGGCACGCGGGGCCCUCCCCGGGCUCAGCCUUCCCACCUCCAGAGCGCUCCCCUGGAUUUGUCCCACUUGGCUGCAGCUGCUCCGGGCCUGCCCUUGGGAACAGCCCGGGGCCGGGGUCCCUGAAUGGGUCAGGUCCUCACCUGACCCAACAGAGCUGCCUCUCUCUGGGGUGGUGCCGCUCAUCUCUGGGGGAGGGGGACAAACCUUUUUCUAUUUCCUUCCAUAACAGUUUUCUAUUAUUUUUGCUCAUUCAAGUGCCUAUUUGCCUCCAAUCGCAGCCACAGUUCCUACAAACGCUUCCACAGCCCCGGUCUCGCUGCUGGAAGCUGCUGCCCUGACUGCUCACACCCAAAUCCACGAGACCCUACAAGUCUGGAAUUGCAGAGGGGAUUGGCCGUGUGACAGGGUCAGCCCUGCUGCUCCCAGCACCUCCAGAGGUGCCGGGGUGAGUCCCCUCUCUGCACCCCCCCUGGCCCUGGUUGUGGCCAGGAUGACCAGUGCAGGGCUCGGAGCUGCAGGUAGAUGUAUCCAGGUGCUCCUGCCCUGGACUCAGCAGGCACCACCUCUGCUGGACUCAGCCUGGGUUUGCUGGGAGCCCAGAGGUUCAGGAGCUGCUUGUGCUUGUCCCCAGCUUCCUGCUUCGGGCAGAAUGGUCUGGCCAUUGCUGGCAGCCUGGGCUCCUUUUGGGAUGGCUGGGUGCCCCUGAGGUAGGGCAGUGCUGCUACCCAGUAAUGGCACCUGUGUGUAAAUGGCAUUUGCAGCCCAUUUUGGGAGCUGGGUGAAGCCACAGGUGCUGCCCUGGCUUCCCUGUGGCCAGCAUGGUUGUGCUGCCAGCCCUGUGCUGAGUUAGACCAGUUGAACCCUGGGGAAUUGGAAUCAGCAUGGCUGACAGUGGGGCACCUUGGCCUGUCCCUUUCUCUCUGGGUUGUGAGGGGCCAGGCAUGGGCUCUGCAGCUUCCUGGGGACUUCAUGUGGCAUUUCUGUUGGACGUUGGUCCUCACGGUUAAGGUGGGAAGGGGCAAGAGUUGAAGGGAGCAGGUGGAUGUGAGGAGAGGAACCUGCUGUGUAGGACAGUGACAUGGGUGUUGUGAAGGGCAGAUAUCCUGCCUUGGGGGGUUUAUGGUCAUGGUCCUGCAUUUACCAAAAUUGGGGGAGCCCUCCUGCUCUUCCCAUGCAGUGGGCAAACACGGAUGAGCAGAGGAGGGGUGAGGGAGGCAGUGGGAGAGCUGCUCCCUCCAAGCUGUAUCACAGGAGAUGGGCAGGGAACCAGAGGGCAGGGGGGAGGAUCCCCAUGGCUGUGGGGUCUGGGCAAGCCCCUCCAAGCUGUGUGGGAGCAGGACGGGGGGUCUGUGGCUGGCCCUGAGGAGGCUCAGGGGUGAUGAGGGCCCUUUGCCCUUCUGCUCGCUCACCACAGCUGCCUCCAGCCGCAGUCCCUGGAGCCCAGGGCAGCAUUCAAUACUGUAAAAAAUUUUUAUUUUUUUGUAUAUUUUAUUGCUGUAUCUACAGGCUUUAACUUUCUCCAAAAUAAAGGCCCUGAAGCGA